ACCUCGGAACCCACUCCACCUGCUUUGUUCCCGGAUACUUCUCAACAGUCGAAUAUUCCCGGAACCUACGACGUUUCAUCCGUGGGCGAAGUACAACCCUGCCUCGUUGAUGAUACAAGCGCUAAAUAUAAAGCUUCCGGGACUAAUUCCCAUCUGUCGGACUCGGAUGUAAGAUCUGAUUAUUCUCUAGAUCGUGAUCACAAAUUAGGACCUCCGCAACCCGGUCUCACCAACUUUGGUAACAAUAUAGCCUCUGCAACCCUACCGCAGUUGCACGAAUAUGCCCUCCAUCAUCAUCAAUUUCUACAACAGCAAUCUUUAGCUACUGGGAUGUCCGGAAUUCCCAUCAAACGAAAGCGAGGUAGACCUCGCAAAUAUGCCACCAUGCACGUGCUGCAUUCCACACAGAAUCAUACACGGGCCAUACAACCCUUUUCCCCACCUUGCACAACACCGUCUGUGACGGGACAACAGUCAACUCCUGUCCCAUCCCCCACCCUACCCAAUCCACCGUAUCCCUACUCAACUGUGCUACUCGGGCAAACGCAAGCCGCCAUGACAUCUCCUCCCGCACUAAACCGUUACGCUCCGCUCACAGUGUCCACACCCGCGCAACCUGGGGGCAUGAUUCUGACGAGUGUGACAAACGUCCCGAACAACAAUUGCCAAUCGGGACAUACGAUCACCAUAUCCUCAGAUCCUAUUCUAGUGCCACAGAACAACAAUAAUAUGACCGAGCAGUCAUCGGUUCUCGUUCGCCCACCAUCACCGAUGACGGUGUCCAUAGCAGAAGCGAACGGUCCCUCGUCGACCGGAAACGGUAUGGUGCUCAGCCCACAGUCCACCUCAACCGAACCUGCUGUGCAUCAGCGUAGUACAGAUUCCAGUCAAACUCCAUACACGAUAUCUCCAGCUGUGGUAUCCGCAUCUACUACACCAGCCCUACCAGCUAGUGUUUAUCCUCCGGUCGACUUUUGUUCGGCACAGCACACUCUAAAUGGUCUGAUUCCUUAUGUGAACGGACUAGUUCCUCCUCAGGCCCCAAUACCUUCACCCAAAUUGCCUGAUCCCGCAAUUUCCUCGUCAGUCCUUGGUUGGUGUACCGAUUCACUCAGCCUAAAUGGUUCGUAUCAAUUAACACUGGCUGCCCAGAGCAAUACUAGCAUGCUUGUUCCCGCGUUCCCUGAAAUACCUGGACGACGCUACAGCUUCCCCAGCGCACCAGAUCAUCCUGGUGUAUCCCGAACUCAUCACCCGUCUGGUGCCACUUCAGGCACGUGGUUCAGCACUGACAUUGAAUUGAUGGAUCGGUUGCUCCCACAAGCCAGUGCAGCGUUACGUGCAGCCAGAGGGGCUGGUUUACCGGGACCUCACUCAUGGAGCACGAGUAUGGUUGGCAACUUUGUUAGUACACUACCUGGUUGCAAGCAGUUUGCCAAUAAAUUUGUCGAAAAUGAAAUCGAUGGUGCCGCUCUACUCUGUCUUGAACAACAUGACCUCAUGCAAAUCUUGGGCAUGAAACUCGGUCCGGCUGUGAAAGUGUUCAGCGCAAUUCAAACAUUACGCCGCAGUUUGAUGGCCACACCACUCACGGAAUUGGGGUUGGAACAGCCGGGUACAAUGGAAGCAGCGUCGUCCUGCUUUUCCGUUACCCAUUCGCUUCACACCGAAGUGAACGUCCCAUCCUCUAGCAACGCAUUCGCAUACAGUGAUCAGAAAUCAGUGGUUCCACUCAACGACAGCACUCGUGUGAGUGUAUCGAACCAAUCGAUAUCCUGA